AUGCACCACUCUCAAUUAGCGCCACUGCCCAUUGACCUGCCUUUUCGCAUAGUCUCCAAGACAUUCGGUCAAGGCGCUUAUGCUUGUUUGAAAAAAGCAUGUCCGCUCAACGCCGACUCCCCGGUCUUCGCCGUGAAGCUCAUCAACAAAGACUACGCCGCCCGCCAUGGCAAGAUCAGUCCGCGACAAUUGCUCAUGGAAGCCACGGUACACAAGCAUAUCGGUGACCAUAAUAAUAUCAUCUCUUUCUUCCAGACCGGGGAGGAUGGCGCGUGGCGAUGGAUUGCGAUGGAACUAGCGGAAGGAGGGGACCUUUUCGACAAAAUCGAAGCGGACGAAGGUGUGGGCGAGGAUAUUGGCCAUGUAUAUUUCUCUCAGCUCAUAAGUGCCGUGGGAUAUAUGCACUCGAAGGGCGUCGGACAUCGAGAUAUCAAACCGGAGAACGUCCUCUUGACUGCGGAUGGAAACCUGAAGAUCGCGGAUUUCGGUCUCGCGACGCUUUUUGAAUACAAGGGAGGUACAAAGUUGUCUACCACCUUCUGCGGUAGCCCACCGUAUAUCGCGCCAGAGGUUAUCACCUGUAGCACGCGAAAUCAAUCGAAAGGGUCUGGAUAUCGCCCUGACGUGGCGGACAUCUGGUCGUGUGGGAUUGUUCUUUUUGUCCUCCUCGCCGGAAAUACACCUUGGGAUAGCCCGACAGAGGACAGCUACGAAUUUCACGAAUACGUUACGACUAAUGCUCGCACAUCCGAUGAACUAUGGCAGAAGUUGCCCACCGCGACACUCUCACUACUACGCGGAAUGCUGAAUAUUGACGCCCAGGCCAGAUUCUCUCUGGAAGACGUCCGGCGACAUCCUUGGUUCACCCGCCAAAACAAUUAUCUUACCCCAGAUGGCAGACUACGGGAUCCCAUCAAGGUCGCCACGUCUAUGUUCGAGUCUCUUCACAUCGACCUCUCUCAGUCUGUCUCCCGUCCCAUGAACGGCGGCAGUUUCGGCCCAGACCGGAUGGACGUCGAUAUCGGCGAUGGCCUAGCCGCCGAGCACAGAUUCUCAUCCACUCAACCGGAGGUACCAAGGGGCGACAUGCUGAUAGACUGGGACGCACCGCACCUUACAGAUGUCUUUUCCUCCAGCCAGCCGACAAACAACCGACGUUCGUCAAUCAGCAGCUUCACCGCCGAAAUUCUGGAAGACGAGCCGUCUUUCUCGCAAUUCUCCCAGCACCCCUCUGUGCCCGUUAGCCGCACUCAGAACGCCCAGCGCUUCCACGAUAUCGUCCCCUCCCGCUCUCUCACCCGCUUCUUUUCGACAUGGGAACUCAAGCUCCUUGUCCCGCUUAUCUGCGAGGCCCUGCAUCGUCUGGGUGUUCCUGUUCCAACUGUCCCUGCGGUGUCGCCCGGCGAUAAUUCCGCUAUGAUCAGGAUUAUCACGAGGGAUGGUAGAAUGUGUCCUCUGCAUGGGAAGGUGCUUGUUGAGUGUGUUUCCGAGGGGCUUUUCGAGAUCGAGUUCAUGAAAGGGAAGGGCGAUCCGUUGGAGUGGCGGCGAUUCUUUAAGAAGGUGGUGCUGCUCUGUAAGGAUGCGGUUUAUACGCCUGAUUCAUGA